AUGCAUCCGACCGUCGCUUUUGUUUCUCUUUCGGCUUUCUCCAUCUUCCCUGAUGUCUCCGCCGUGGCUCUUCCUGGGGAAAUGAGGAUCGCUCUCAGCAAGCAUACCACCCUCGCAGGUUCGAGUAGUGUGGCAAAUAUAGAAGCCCUGCAAGGCCAUCUCGCCUUUGCCACCGCGAAAAUCUACCGCGGAUUCGUUGCGUACCAUCGUAACACUGGCAGAGCUCACCCGUUGGACGGCGGUGCUGCAGGAGGUGUGACUGAUCCACUGCUUGACGACCAGAACGGUCAGCUAUGGCAAGGCUCUAUCUCCGUGGGCACACCUCCGCAGAACUUCACGGUCGAUUUCGAUACGGGCAGCAGCGACCUCUUCCUUCCUGGCCCAGCUUGCGUCUUAAAUUGCGAAGGACAUCAGGCAUACAAUCCCUCUGCUAGCUCAACUUCUCGGCAGGUCCCGAAAACGUUCAGUCUCGCCUACGGCGACGGUUCGACCGUCGCCGGCCAGGAGUACACAGAUGACGUUCACGUCGCUGGCCUCACGGCGACAGACGCUACCUUCGGCGCUGCAGAGAUUUACUCUCCUGGCUUCGCCGUCGAGAACUUCCCUCCUGAUGGGUUGAUGGGCAUGGCGUUCAAGUCUAUCUCUGAAUACAACACUGAGCCGAUCUUCCAAUCGCUGGUAAAUGACAGUCAAGUAUCUCAAGCGAUUUUCUCCUUCAAGCUUGCUCAGAACGACUCAGAGCUCUUCUUGGGUGGCUACGAUCCGGAGAUGUUUCAGGGCGCCAUCACAUACACACCGCUCACCGAGGAGGCGUACUGGCAGAUCAACAUGGAUGCUGUCUCCUUCAAUGGCCAGGCAAUCCUCACCAAUAUCCCUGCCAUCAUCGACACCGGUACCACCCUCGUCAUCGGCGACACGGCGAGCGUCGGGCUUCUUUACGCCGCCAUUCCGGGCUCCAAGGAAGCGUCAGCGAGCGCCGGAUCAGGGUUCUACACCGUCCCUUGCAACGCUACUCCCAGCAUCAGCCUGACGUUCACCGGGACCCCAUUCAACAUCUCACAGGAACUCUUCAAUCUCGGGCCUGUUACCGAGGGAUCUCCCGACUGUGUCGGGGGAAUCGUUUCGUCCGAUAACCAGCCGUUCUGGGUAGUCGGAGAUCUCUUUCUGCAGAAUGUGUAUUCCGUCUUCGACGUUCAAAAAAGUCGUGUAGGCUUUGCGACUCUCGCUUAA